UGCAGCAUUGAUAUCUACAACAAUGCUAACAAUUGGUGACAUAUAUGGAAUUCCUUAUCUUUAUUUGCCAUGGCUUGUCAAUACUAUUGAAGGGAUGAUUUUUCACGAAGGGCCAACUCUUUUCGGAUUGGCAUACACUGUGUUACCCAAUGCAAACUUGCCUACGGGAUUAUUUAUGUUUAUAACACUACUUUUAUAUGUGGAAGAGCUGUGUAUCUGGAAAGACGUUCUCAUGAAUUUCGAACGCUGCUGGACAAGAUAUAAUAAAAAUAAUAAAUUGAAGAAGAAUGCAAAAUCGAUAAGGAUAGCAAAUAAAGAAUUAUGCAACAAAGCUAAAGAAAGUCUUAAUGAAAAUAUAGUUUCGCCAAAAUCAACAACGAAUCAACAAAAUUCUAAAACUCAUUUCCAUGUACUUAAUAUUGAUGAUAUUAUUAAGCCUAUUGAAAAAACUAUAGAAAAUAAUACAUCGAUUAAAAAUCGUCGUAGCAAAAGUCUGUUUACAGAAGUGACUGGUUAG